AUGGUCAAGCCGAAGCUUGGCGCCAAGAACGCCACCAACGCUGGCGUUGGCCAUGACAAUGGUACCACCAGCGACGACGGUAAGGGUAAUGCCGAUGACCCCGCUGUGGAUGAAAUCGAAACCCCUGAAAUCGUUAAGGAGAAAUCCAUUGGCAAUGUGUCCAAAUCCAAGUAUUCGGGCUCCCAAAAGAGAUUUACCUUAACUGCCAAAAAAUAUCUCGUGCCGCUUUCCAGAGCCGAUCUGAUUGAGGAAAAGAAAGCAAUCUAUGAGGAAUGGACGAACGCCAUCACGCCAAAGGUACGUAUCGCUCCGGGGUCUGUGGCAGCCAUCUUGCAGCACAUUCAAAAGGAAUUGAUGAGAAAGAUGGAAAAGCCAGAGGUUGAUUAUUUGCUUAAUUUCAUGUUGAAAGUCACCGAACACAUAUUUUCUGAAUCCAUAUUGAGGUACAGCAACAUAUUACAGGAGUUUCCAGGCUUGCUUUUGCAGCAAAAAUCUAUCCUCUUGUCAUCGGAAGCAAUCCGCUGCCUCUUGACGUUUGUUACAGACGAUUACAGAGGCAUGGUUGAAGAGGCCUUUUUGGACGCGGUACCAGAUAUUACUUCACCACCGUUGUUUCUGGCUGUCUUGCCGAUUGUAUUGUCGAACGAACUUGAUUUGGCACAGGACACCGCCAUCGCCCAGGUUCAAGCCAUUUUGUCCAAAGCCGAGGAAGUAUGCCAAAUGCUGCCCUCGGAACUGUUGGACCUUUUCGGUGGCAAUCUCGACGAGGACAUCAAGAAGGCGAUAUUGAACACUGGCGCUUCUCCGCUGCCGCCGCAACCAUCGCCACCACUCGAAUCCACGCUGCUGUCUCGUAAAAGACGCAACCCCGCUGACCCUGACUCCAACAAGAAGCCUCGAAACAACAACCUGCCUCCGCCGCCUGUUGCUGGCCCUCUGCGUCCCGUUGGGCAGCCCCGCAUCGACACAGUGGCAAGUCCUUCGAACCCUGCGGUUCAGAAUCGACCCACCAUUAGUGGUUUGCCGCAAAACAUGACCUUCGAUGAUCGUAACAUCGCCAACAUCAGUACCCUGAACUCUUGGGCACUCUCAGGUGCCACCCAGGAUUCGACCGACCACGAGAUUUUCAUAAUCGAUAGCGACGACGACGACAAUGGCGACGGUGACGAAUAA